AUGGAAUUCGUUCCGCCACCAAGAGGCUUUUGGGAUCCCAGCACAAUUAUUGAUAGGGUGCAGGAGUGGAAGGUAAUGGGCGAUAGUGUGGUUAAGGGUUUAGUCGAUUGCUUCUCGGACAUUGAAUCUUGGGAGGAGAAUUUGAGGUCGCUUAGCGAGUCGUUUGAGAUACAGAUGGUGGAGAAGAAGAGAGAAUUGGAUUGUUUACACGACGGGAAAAUGGAGGCGUUGAAGUUGAAGGAGGAGGAGUUGAGGUCGCUUGGCGAGUCGUUUGAGAUGCAGAUGGCGGAGAAGAAGAGAGAAUUGAAUUGUUUGCACGAAGGGAAAAUGGAGGUGUUGAAGGUGAGGGAGGAGGAGUUGAGGUCGCUUAGUGAGUCGUUUGAGAUGCAGAUGGUGGAGAAGAAGAGAGAAUUGAAUUGUUUGCACGAAGGGAAAAUGGAGGUGUUGAAGGUGAGGGAGGAGGAUUUUAGGUUGCUUAGUGAGUCGUUUGAGAUGCAAAUGGCGGAGAAGAAGAGAGAAUUGAAUUGUUUACACGAAGGAAAAAGGGAGGCGUUGAAUUUGAGGGAGGAUGAGCUGAGGUUGAGGUAGGAGAAGUUGGAUGAACAGCUGACGUUG